GAUGACGCACGCAACCUACAAGCCGAGCUCGCGCUGGAGAGAGCAGCCCUCCGCGCCUCUCCUGCUGGCGACUCAUUCAUUCGCUCUUGGAGGGGCAUUUCGAGCCGAAGAGGAAGUUUGACCCGGUCGGCUCGCCGUCUUAACCGGCGGCCAUCUUGUGAGCAGUUGUGGGGAUAGCGGCCGCAGGCGGUGGUUGGAGCUGCGCUUUCCAGGCGGUAGGCCUUUCUCGCCCGGGGCUGUUUCUGGUAGCCCGGUUGUGCGGGAGCCAUGUCUGCGGAGAAUCUGGAGCCCGCUUCGGCAGAGGAGCAGAAGGAGAUGGAAGACAAGGUGAUUAGUCCCGAGAAAGCUGAAGAAGCAAAGUUGAAAGCCAGAUACCCUCAUCUGGGCCAAAAGCCUGGGGGCUCAGAUUUUUUGAGGAAGCGGCUUCAGAAAGGACAAAAGUACUUUGAUUCUGGAGAUUACAAUAUGGCAAAAGCAAAGAUGAAGAACAAGCAGCUCCCUACUGCAGCUCCCGAUAAGACUGAAGUCACAGGUGACCACAUUCCUACUCCACAGGACCUUCCACAGCGGAAACCAUCUCUUGUUGCUAGCAAGCUGGCUGGCUGACUAGACUGGCAGAACUGCAUGAAACUUCUUAUUCCCUUAAUCUUUCCUUAAGUUUUUUUCCUCACAUUUUUGUUUCCACUAAGUCAUUGACUGACUGCUUGGCAGGUAGUGGUAGCGUGUGCUGCUAUUGUAAGAGUCCAAUUAAGAAUUGUGUAGUCCUUGGAUGAGUUGAGAACAAUGCACUGAUUUUUUUAAAAAAAGGACAUGUUUUGUUAGAGCAAUGUAAUCUACUUGAAAAAUGUACAUAUUACUUGUGUGCUAGUGUAGGGCUGGUUCCAGCAAGUGACAUAGCAAGUUUGAGAAUUUUUAAUGUUUUGGCGUUCCUUAGUUCACUUUAAUUACAGUGUAGUUAGUAUGUUUGUAUCAAAUACAAGGUCUUUUUUUUUCCUUGUGUUUUGUUUUGUAAACUAGAGGUUUUAGAUAGUAAGUUGCUAGAAGGUAAAGCAUGUAUUAAAAAUGAUGGGGCUCUCACUUAAUUUGUGUAUCUACUCUUGAACUUGAAUGGCCUUAAACCUACUUCAGCUUUAACAAUAGAUUUUUACCUGAGCAAUAUUUGCUCAUUUUGGUGUAAUUCUUGUAAACUUAGUGCUUAUUGACAACUGCCUGUUGAAGCUGGUAUUCUUUUUGGUCCUGUAGCAUAGAACACAUUUUUAAAGUGGAUGAAGUGUGCAUGUGCAUAGACUGCAUUCACUUUUGUGCCAUGUCUGUAAAUAAGAUAGUUUUGCACAAUUUUUGCAAAUAUCUGUUAACUGUACACUUUUAAAAAUGUGCCAACUGCAAGCACAAAUUAUUCUGUCUCUUGGAAAGUCAUAAUACUCAUUUGAAUCAAACCUCCUUAGUGAAAAGUAACAGACUUGUAUGUUUAAAAUCUGGGAACUAUUAAAGGACUAUGGUGGAUCAGCUUUACCAGUGCAUUUUCCCCUAUUAAUUUCUAUAGUGUUCAAUAUAAAUAUAUACUAUAGAUACAAAAUAGCUUAUCUGAAACAAGGAAGUUCUACUUACUUCAAGGGACUAAAUUUAAACAUAUUAAGCUACUUUUAGAUCACCAUGUAUAGGGACUUACAACACCUGUAUUUCUUCUUCAGCACAUUUCAAGAUCUCUUAUAUUUAAAUGAAAUGCAGGAAGUUUAAAACAUGAAAUUAUGGAUACAACUGUGCUGCUACUGGAGGCCUCCAACAUAUAAAAACAGCAUCUGCUAUUUUAGGAGUAGUUAAAAAACAGGAAUACAAACUUUUUUUAGAUUAAGAAGUAAAGGUGGCAUUGGUUAGAUUUUAUAUGUACUAUCAUUAUUCAUGAUAAGUAUGUCUUGUAAGAUAAGAGUGCUUUGUCAUUGUAUAUUAUAAAUAGUAAAGCAAAAGCUAUCAUAGGUCUUAGAUAUAAUUGGAUACCUAAACUAUGUAUAAAAAUUAACAAAAAUACUCUUUUGUCUGUCUUAAGGUCUCAGACUUAAUUACUUGACAUUCUCACUCUGAAGGACUGUCUGUAAAGAAGUUUGAGUUUUGACUUUAUUAUAUUAGGCAAUAGAUACACUGGAUUUUUCCAAGGAAAGUCUCUGACAGUAAUAAAAAAAGUUCUGCUGGGCUUCUUUUACAAGUAAACUCAACAUCAUCCAUGCAACUUAAAAAGUAAAUCAACAUGGCCUGAUUUUCAAAGGUAUUGGACAGAGUCUUGCUACAUCUCAGAUUUUAAAAAGUUACUUUAUACUGGUUUGAGUUAAUCUGCUGUUAGCUGUAUGGGUGACAGGUUUAGAUAAUUUGGAAUUAAUUUCAAGUUUAUUGGAAGGGCUAUUUUGUCAGAUCUCCUCUAAAGAAACAAGAUACUUUGCCAUAUUUUUUCUUUUGUCUGAGUAGUAAUGAUGUGAAAUCUAUUCUUACUGUAAUCAACUUCAAUUUUAUGUCCCAGUGGUGUUGGAAUUUGAAUGCUGUGAGCACCGAAACCAACACCAGUAAAUAUACUUUGUAGAUGUAACACUGAGGAGAAUAACCCUAUAACUGAUUCAAGGAGAACACGUGACAUUAAAUGACUUUAAUGGAAGCUGUUCUAAUAAACAUUCAGUUUAUUUUUUUAUAAGAGGAAAGGGUAGACCUUAUUGACUAGCCUAAAAUGACUUCCUAACAGAAAAUGACUUGAUGGGUUUUUGAUUUGCUGCAGAUUAUAGUAAGCUGAAUUGGUCUGAUGUAUAAGUAGAUAUUAAAUAUAUCAAUCUAAACAUUCCAUUCCCCUGGUUACAAGUUAUAUUUUUGUAUUAUUGAUAUGACUGAGCAAAUGUUAAGAAUACAAGGAGAACAUAAGCUGAGUGAUUGUGAGAAUAUCUACUCCAGUACCAGUCUGCUGUGAUAAUGAAUCUCUGUCUCUAAUAAACCUCAGCAAUUGAAGAUAGGUUGGUAUUCUAUUAAGGAUGCAAAUAGUUUGAUCAGUAAUAAUUUCUCAGAAGAGAGAAUGGACAUCUAAUUUGCAGCUUAUUCCAACAAGAUAAAGCUGUUAAGUUUGUAUAUAUACUGUAUAAUAUGAGUUUUACCAUUUGAUACCUUUUUCAGAGAUCUGCACUACAGCCUAACAAUCUGCUUUAUGCAGUGAUUAGUAAUGCUCAAGUAUGUCUCUACUCAAAAUAGAUAGUAGCCUCCAAACUCUUCCCCAGUAUUCAGUAAUAGUGUAAUCAAGUGAUACAAAUUUUCCCACUUCUGCUCCAUCGACUUGCCCGUUAUCACAAGAAUGUAUGUGUGCACAUGUGUAUGCAGAGGCCACAUUAAGAAUUGCUUGGUCUGAUAAGUUCUUUAAUGCAUUCCAUAAGCUGAGACAAUGAAGAUUUCAGUUGCUCCCUACAGCUUUCAAUCUCUAUAGUAUGUAUAAUAAAUUCAAUUAAUUUGUUUUCACUGCUCUGUAGAAAUUUGUCUGGUGUUUUACUGAUUCACCCCCUACGCAUAAUAACUGCAUUGAAUCCCAAUUCUGACUAAAGCAUUGGUUUCCAUUGAACUAAUUUUGUAUUGAGGAAAAGGCUUCUGUUUUCUAGUAUGUAUUCAACAUUAAACCUAUAGUGUUCUUGA